UAUCACACAUUGUCAAACGACUGCUAAAAGAAACCGCCAAAAGCGUGGUGUGCGCAGCGGUUACAAUUCGUACGUCAUCACUGAGAUGACCCAGGAAGUGCUUAUCAUGUGACAAGUCCGUGGGAAAGUUAAAAAUUAUUUUCUGGCGGUGUCGUUGGGCUCUCCCAAUCAGGAAUAGAUUGCUAUGCCAUUGUCAUCUCAAGCAGAAGCAGGGGACGAACAGUAUGUCCUUAUAGCCAGUCUGGACAAUGUUAGAAACAUCUCCAACAUCCUGAAGGCCAUCCAGUUUAAGGAUCAUGCCACUUUUUUGGCCACUUCAAAUGGAAUCAAGGUUACUGUUGAAGAUUCCAAGUGUUUACAAGCCAAUGCUUUUAUUCAAGCAGAUAUUUUCCAGGAAUUCAUAAUCAAGGAAGAUUCUGUUAUGUUUCGUGUUAACAUGACUGUUCUUUUAGACUGCUUGAGUAUUUUUGGAAGCAGCGCUGUCCCAGGAAUGACAACAGCUCUGAGGAUGUGCUACAGUGGUUAUGGUUUUCCUCUCACGUUAUUUUUGGAAGAAGGUGGAGUGGUAACAGUGUGCAAAAUAAAAACCCAAGAACCAGAAGAGACACUGGACUUUGAUUUUUGCAGCACCAAUGUUGUUAACAAAGUAAUCCUGCAAUCUGAUAGUCUUCGGGAGGCUUUCUCUGAGCUAGACAUGACCAGUGAAGUUAUGCAAAUCACAAUGUCUCCUGAUAAACCUUUUUUCAGAUUGUCAACAUUUGGGAACUCUGGAAGUACUCAUUGUGACUAUCCUAAGGAUUCUGAUAUGAUGGAGAUAUUUCAGUGCACCCAGACUCAGACAAACAGAUAUAAAAUUUCUCUGCUGAAGCCUUCUACAAAAGCAUUGGCUCUUUCCUGUAAAGUAUCAGUCAGAACAGAUAAUCGUGGAUUUCUUUCUUUGCAGUACAUGAUUAGAAAUGAUGAUGGACAAAUCUGUUUUGUCGAGUAUUACUGUUGUCCAGAUGAAGAAAUGGCAGAAGAAGAGCCAUAACCAGACUGCUUUAUAUUGUAAACUUCAUUUACACAGUAAACUGU